UGCGCAUUGCCAAUGUUCCCGGAAGCACAUCCCCGCACGUGUAGGAUUUGACAACCUUGAAAAACUAUAAAGUAACUAUCAGCGUAUGUCUGUCAGUAAGAAUUUCUAGGGAUGCCAGUAACACGACUGCUAUAUCCUCUCUACCAGCUGGGCAAUCCCCAGCUGAGGAUCUUCAGACCUAGCUGGUUUCUGACCCUGGUGAGGCCGGGAAAAGAGCAGCCUCAAGACACUGUCCAGUUUCGCAUCCCAAUGGAAAUGACCAAGUACGAUGUAAAGAACUACUUGGAGAAGAUCUAUAAUGUCCCUGUGGGAGUUGUCCGCACCAGGAUACAGUUUGGGUCCAACAAGAAAAGAAAUCAUCUAAACCAGAAGGUUAAGCAACCAGAUUAUAAAGUAGCCUACGUUCAGCUGGCGCUGGGCCAGACAUUUACUUUUCCUGACAUCUUCCCAGAAAAAGAGCGGGCACCGGCUGAGGGCUCUAUGGAGGAGAUGCAGGAGAAGUUCAUGGAGGACGAAAAGCAGAGGCAGAAACUCGACCCCAGGAGAGGAGGGGUCACCGAGUGGUUUGGGCUCUGAGACAGACUGACAGACUAUGCGUGUAUGUGUGCAUUUCAUAGGGAUCAACAUGCAUUGACUUACAAUAUUUUGAUGACACUUCUGUUUCUGUAAGAAACACUUAUAAGUGUGCAUGAAAGAAGAACGAGCAUGUGCGUGGGAGACUGCAGCCAUGUGUUUCGUGUGUGUGUGUUUGUGUUUGUGUUUGCGAGGCGUCAACUGAGUAACCCGAGCCAGAACAGAAUCCGAGGAGGAGGAGAGUGGCCAAGCUCCAUCUUUGAUGAACCCAACUCACCAAAUUUCUAUCACCUCAGAUGACCUCUUCUCUUCCUCCUCACACUCUACUUUUCCCAUCUCCUCUCCUUUUUACCACCAUCUCUUUGGCAACAGUGUAAUUGCACCUCCUCGCUUUGUUUCUCUCUCUUUUUUUUUUUUUUGUUUCAGAGGUUUUCUCCCUGCACCCCUACUGUGUUUUUCCUAUUAUGCUCAUCCCUCCACUAUGAUCUUCUUCUUUCCCACCAAUGACUGUGAUGUCCCUAGUAGCCAUUAUUCUUAGGCUAGUUGGAUCUGACUAUCUGGGCAGCCCACAGCCUUCUCUCUUUUAUGAGUUUGCCUUGGAUUAAUUGACCACUUAAGGUAAACAACAAUUAAAAUGUUUGAGCAAAGCGAGCACAUGGAAAUUACAGGAGGGUUAUAUUGCAGCAUUUUGUGGUAGCCCAUCUUGCCGUAACUCUGGAAAAAGAUUGUACUCUGUGUGUGUAUCUUUGCCUACCGUGCAAGACUUACCAGUGAAUCUGUCCUAUUGUACAUGCUGUUGGAAUAAGACCUAAUAAACAGUCACUUGCUCUG